AUGAACCAGGUUGAUGGUAGAAAUCUUACAGAAGUACAGAGAAUAAUUGAGCAAACGGUUAACAAAGAGAUAUGGGCCAGCAAAGUCUCGCCUAAGAUGCAACUCUUCAUCUGGAAAAUAAUCCAUGGUGUUACUCCCCUAGGCGAGAAUCUAGCUAAAAGAGGAAUGCUCAACAAUAUUUCUUGCCGACAUUGUGAUGAACUUGAAACUGCCGACCAUCUUUUUCUCCAUUGCAACUUCACACGCCAAGUUUGGGCAGCGAACAUGUGGAAACAAGACUUUAAUCCUUCAGAUUGCUCAUCUUUCACGACAGCACUCCUGGCAUCCUCAAGACUCACCACCCUAUCGCCCCUAGGUGUAACCGAAACCUUGUUCCAAUGGGUGUGCUGGGGGAUAUGGACAGCUCGGAACUAUUGUAUAUUCGAGAACAGGAUUUUCAGUCCGGCUGAGAUACUCUCCAAAGCCAUCUUCUGUGCUAGAGAAUGGAUUGUCGCUCAACCUAGAGCCCAACCAUCACACUCGGCACAAACGGCAUCUGCACUCCGGCCUCCUCAAGCAACCACAGAGACUACCUGCUACACCGAUGCGGCUUGGAGCCAAGCCACGAACAGAGCAGGACGCCAGAGCGUUCCAGUUCAUCUCAUCGCCACUUAUGGCCGAAGCAAUCGCCAUCCGGUCGGCUCUCCUCCAUGCUCUAGAAGCUGGAAUUUUAGAAAUCUGCAUCAAGUCAGAUUGUCAGGCACUCAUUGUUGCCCUAUCCUCGAAGCGUCAUCGGCGGAUCUCUACGGAAUCACUCGGGACAUCGAGACACUAUCCCUACGUUUCACUCGCAUUUCAUUUUGUUUCAUUUUGAGAUCUCUGAACUCUUUUGCUGAUUCACUAGCUAAGUCUGUAAUGCACUCAUCCUUCCCCAACUAG